UUCCAUUCCGAGGCAUUUUUUUCCCGUUGCUCUCUCAUUUGCUCCCCCCCCCCCCCCCUCUCCUCACUUGUUCUUAUCCUUCUCCUUCAUUACUUCAUCUGCGAAGGCCUGGCUUCGCUUCUGGGUUCUUGUGCAGAUCAAGACAAAACCUUGCUGCUAUCCCAUCAAUCACCUGCGCUUGUGCUGCUCGUUCAAGUUCUUCCUUCCCCCCUGUGUUCCCUCUUCUAUUGCCCUUAUGCCUCAAUUCAAAACGAAUCUAUAGUGGGUCGUUUAGUUAACGGCGAUUGAAGUUUUGGAUUUUCUUCUAUCAAUCUUUCUUCCAUUUCCAAAGGUGUUUUCUUGCUCUUUCUGUACUAUGGAUGGUAUUCAUGGGAGUGAUUCUCGGAUACACAUGAGUGAUGCACAACAUCCAAUGCAUGUGCCGUAUGUGCCAGAAAAUGAACAACAUGGAUUGGACCAUAUGAGUGAUGGGAAUAGGAUGGAAGACAAUAACAAUUGUGUGGAUGCUAAUGUCAGCAGACAUGAGGGUGUAGAAGAAGUUUCCAACCCUGGAAAUGUUACUGACGAUCAUGGUGUAAUAAUUGAACAAGCAAAUGGUGACCAGCUCACGUUGUCUUUUCAAGGCCAGGUUUAUGUAUUUGACUCUGUGUCGCCAGAAAAGGUUCAAGCUGUGCUAUUACUAUUGGGAGGCCGCGAAGUACCUUCCAUGUCUGCAAAUCCAAUAAAUGUGCACCAUAAUAAUCGGGAAAUGUCUGGGACUCCAGUAAAACUCAGUGUCCCUCAGAGAUUAGCCUCUUUGAUUAGAUUUCGUGAAAAGCGGAAAGAACGGAAUUUUGAAAAAAAAAUACGUUACACUGUUCGUAAAGAAGUUGCAUUAAGGAUGCAGAGAAAUAAAGGUCAAUUUACGUCUUCCAAGUCGAACCCUGAUGAAUCUGCGCCAGCUGCAACAAAUUUGGUAACAAAUGAAAAUUGGACAUCAGACAAUGCUGGAUCCCAACAGCAGGAUGUUGCCUGUAGGCACUGUGGCAUCAGUGAGAAAUGCACACCAAUGAUGCGACGUGGACCUGAAGGGCCAAGAACCCUCUGCAAUGCAUGUGGACUUAUGUGGGCAAACAAGGGAACUCUGAGGGACCUGACAAAAACUCCCUUACCUGGACACAAUUCUUCAUUAAAUAGGAAUGGGAAUAAAAGUUGAGGCCAAUAAGGUAGUUCUUAGAUUGGCAAGAGAUGUUGGUGGUUCAUAAAGCUAGACCUUUACAUAUGUAUCCUAGCACAGGCUGAUUCCAUGUAAAAGCAGUGACAGGGAGUGCUUGCCUUAAGAUGUAAAUUGUAAGAGUCAGUUUUUACUGCAAUUUAACCAAAAUCCUGACAUGGAAAUUCAAUAUUUUACCCUUUAAUAUAUUAGCAGAGGCCUUUUAUUCUUGCUCUGUGACAGACAACUAAGUGUCUAUCCUGGAGAUUUUGAUUAACUUUGGGCUGAUGAACUGGUCCAAUGCCCUCCCUGAUGUUGUAAUGUGUUUAAAUCGAACAACUUACUGUUUGUGUUAUCUCUUUCCACAAAGGACUAGAAAUUGCUAUUUUGUUAAGUGGUUUUUGACUCCACCCUCAGUCUUAAGAAUGAAAAAAGGGUAUUUUUAA